AGGGUCAGGGCGGGGCCGCCCCCCCCCCGAAGAGGAAAUGUGUCAAUGGGUUCAUCAUGUUCUGUCACCUCAACAGGAGACCCUACCUCAGUGCUCACCCGGGCCUGGCGUCCACUGCGGCCACGCGGGAGCUGGCACAGCUCUGGCAGAGCCUCAGCCCCGACGAGCGCCGCCCGUACUGUGCUCGCGCCCGGCGCUUCAGCCUCCAGCAGGGCCGUGUGGUGCGGCCGGACAGGGACCAGGACCGGGACUGGGAUCGGGACCGGGGGGGGGAGAGCAACAGGGACCGGGACCCCCCCCCUGCCCCCCUGCACCUGCUGCUGGCGGCCAGAGCCAGAGCGGGGGGGGCACUGCUGGCACCGUGAGACCCUAGAGCCGAGACCCCAUCCACAUCCACAUCCUCAUCCACAUCCACAUCCCUG